AAAGAAUGUAUACUACUACUACUACAGUAGAGUGAAAGAGGGCCUCUGGUGACGCCAGUAACGCGCCUCACGGGUGGCAGUCACGGACAGAGCCGGCCGGCCGUCACUGUGGUCAUCUCAAAUCCUCCGUCAAAUCCCCUGCCUCCUACUAGCCUCUCGACGCUUCUCACGCCGGCAACAGACGUAUAGAGAGGGAGGGAGACACCUUCCGCUUCAAGCCUCCUCCUCCGAAUUCAGCAACCGCCGCUCCACCCCGCCAUACCCUGCCGAGCCAUUCACCUCAAAAGCAGCGGCGUGCAUGCAGAUUCAGUGCAGCUAGCAGAAGCGCCUAAAGCCGCCGCCGCCACAUGCUGCUUGUUGCCGCUAUCUAGCGGGCGGACGCACACCUCUUCUCUCCCCUUCCCCUGCCAUUGCCGAGCUCGGGUACGCUGCGAGAUCGUGGCGUCCACAAGGGUGGCCGGGAGGAAUGUCUGAACCAGCCACGCAAUGCAGGGGAAAUGGCGGCGGCGGCGGCGAGGGCGGUGCCGGCGGCAUGAGGACGGUGGAGUGCCUCAGAGGGAGGCUGCUCGCCGAGAGGGUGGCGUCCAAGGCGGCCAAGGAGGAGGCCGACCAGCUCGCCGCCAGGUUGGACGAGCUUGAGAAGCGGCUCUCCAACGAGGUCAAGAUCAGGGACAGGGCGGAGCGGAGGCUGAGGAGGGCCAUCAGGAGGCUCGAGUCCCUCAAGAUUCUGGAUGUGGGGAGCUCCAUCGGCUCGCUCUCCUCCAACUCCAACGCCUGCUCCGGCCAACAGGCGGCGCCGGAGAUGGACGGUCCGGCGAGCUCGCUGAGCACCGUCGAUUCCGUGCGGUCCGGCCCUCGCGAGGACAAGGGAUGGGACGGCGAGAGCGUGAAGGGCUCCUCGGCCGGUUCCUGCACUCAGGCCAACUCCUCCCAGGACGGGAGCUGGUUCUCCGUCGUGUCCGAGCAGUCCGGCUCUGGAGUCUGCAAGGAGGAGGAGAGUCGCGCGGAGGACUCUGACGACGCCGAGAAGUGCGGUUCCGGUGACAGUGCCGGUGACGUUGAUCGUGAUUCAGAGAGGUACGCGGCGUGCAGGUUAACAAUGAGUGCCUUUUUACUGCAGGAGAGAAGAGCAGCCUGGAGCGUCCAGCGGCUCGUCAAAAUCCGAAGCGAGCUACCGCGACGAGGACGACGACAGGCUCGCGCUGGUGCUGGUAGACAACCCGCACUACAGCGCAGAGCCGGCCGAGACCAAGGAGAAGGAGGAUGAGAAAGAAGGGAACGACGAGCUCGCCGUGGUCCUGGCGGACCCCCAGCCGAGAGCGACGAGCGACGUGCAGUCGGUCCUGCUGGCGCUGCGGCAGGUCAAGGAGCAGCUGCGCUACACCAUCCAGAGGAGGUCGGAGGGGCUUGUCGCGCACCGAGAGCUAUACGGCCACUGACCGAGCCUGUUCUGUUCUCAAAAGCAUCUUUUGUUGUUGUUGCGAUGGUCUCAAAAGCAUCCCGGGAAGCGGAAGCUCAAGUGUGUUGCACUUGCACUUUCACUUGCACUGGUGUAUUUAUCUACAACGUUGGGAGUAUAUAUGCUGGAAUAAGGUUUUACUCUUGUGAGACGUUGUAGUGGUUGCAUAUAUUUAUAUGAAAAGUGAAUUCCCUGUGUU